AUGCCGAGUGAACCCUCCCACCCAUAUUACCCCCUUGGGGCCAAUAUCGUUGACUAUUCGCCCAACCAAACCCCCGUCUUGGAGCUACUGGUGUCUGCGGGUGGAGGAUGCGCCGUUCUUCUGGGCCUGGUCUUUGCUGUGGCCAGUUAUGUACGACCAGCCCUUCGCAUGGCGGAUCGGAUUGCCAUCCUGUGGUUUGUACUCUCUGGAUCCCUGCACUGCUUCUUUGAAGGAUAUUUCAUGCUGCACCAUGACCAUAUGGCGUCCGCCCAAGAUCUCUUCGGCCAGUUAUGGAAAGAGUACGCCCUAUCGGAUUCCCGGUACAUGACCUCGGACACUCUGGUCUUAUGCAUGGAGAGCAUGACCGUGCUCCUGUGGGGGCCCCUUUGCUUCGUGGUAGCCUACUUGACCGCAACACGGCAUUCCCUGCGCCACCCGUUCCAAGUAGUGGUGUGCAUGAGCCAUCUUUACGGUGAUACGCUGUAUUAUGCUACCAGCUUAUUCGACCACUAUGUGCAUGACCGACCUUACAGCCGACCGGAGCCUUAUUAUUUCUGGAUAUAUUACUUCCUGAUGAAUUUCAUUUGGAUUGUUGUUCCCUUUUAUUAUCUUUACCAAAGCAUGACCACACUUUCGAACGCCAUGCAGCGACAGGUAGAGUCGGCCGAGCGGCGCAAGGCCCAGUAA